AGGAGGAGGAGGCGCAGCAGCCAUCGCUGUAUCCAGAGCCCGAGCCCUAGCCAUGGCCUUGCUUUGGGGCCAGGGUCCUGCCGCCCCCCGGAGGGCUCCCCCUUUGGCGUCGGGGCUGCCCCUGCUGGAGCUGCUGCUGCUCUUGGGGGGCUGCGGGGGGUCCGGCUCGGGCCCCCCGGUGGCCCUGGAGGAGGAGAUCGUGUCGGAGAAGGCGGCCGAGGCCAGCCACCGGCAGGACAGCGCCAACCUGCUCAUCUUCAUCCUCCUCCUCACCCUCACCAUCCUCACCAUCUGGCUCUUCAAGCACCGACGCGCACGCUUCCUCCACGAGACGGGCCUCGCCAUGAUCUACGGUGUUCUGGUGGGUGUAGUUCUCCGCUACGGCAUCCACAUCCCCAGCGACAUCAACAACGUGACCCUGAGCUGUCCAGUCCAAACCAGUCCAGCCACCUUGCUGGUCAACUUCAGCGGCAAGUUCUACGAAUACACCUUGAAGGGGGAGAUCAGCUCCCAUGAGCCCAACAACGUCCAGGACAACGAGAUGCUCAGGAAGGUGACAUUUGAUCCAGAAGUAUUCUUCAAUAUCUUGCUUCCUCCAAUUAUAUUUUAUGCGGGAUACAGCUUGAAACGGCGGCACUUCUUCCGAAAUCUGGGCUCCAUCUUGGCGUAUGCCUUCCUUGGAACAGCUAUCUCCUGUUUUGUGAUCGGGUCCAUCAUGUAUGGCUGCGUGGCUCUCAUGAAGGUCAUGGGGCAGUUGGGAGGGGACUUCUACUUCACUGACUGCCUCUUGUUCGGGGCCAUUGCUUCCGCCACUGACCCAGUGACGGUUCUUGCUAUCUUCCAUGAGCUUCAAGUUGACGUGGAGCUCUAUGCCCUCCUUUUUGGAGAGAGCGUCCUCAAUGAUGCGGUGGCCAUUGUCCUGUCUUCUUCGAUUGUUGCCUACCAACCGGCGGGAGACAACAGCCACACUUUUGAUGUCACCGCGAUGUUUAAGUCCAUCGGAAUUUUCCUGGGGAUUUUCAGCGGGUCCUUUGCCAUGGGAGCUGCCACUGGCGUCGUCACCGCCCUGGUCACCAAAUUCACCAAACUCCGUGAGUUUCAGCUUCUGGAAACGGGACUCUUUUUCUUGAUGUCGUGGAGCACCUUCCUCUUGGCCGAAGCGUGUGGUUUUACAGGGGUUGUCGCCGUCUUGUUCUGUGGGAUCACCCAGGCGCACUAUACCUACAACAACCUUUCGACAGAGUCCCAAAACAGGACGAAACAGCUGUUUGAGCUCCUUAAUUUCCUGGCCGAAAACUUCAUCUUCUCUUAUAUGGGGCUGACACUCUUCACUUUCCAGAAUCAUGUUUUUAAUCCGACAUUCGUCGUGGGAGCUUUUCUGGCGGUCUUCCUGGGCAGAGCGGCUAACAUCUAUCCACUCUCGUUCCUGCUCAAUUUGGGACGAAGGAACAAGAUCGGGACCAAUUUCCAGCACAUGAUGAUGUUCGCGGGCCUCCGGGGAGCCAUGGCUUUUGCGCUGGCCAUCCGGGACACGGCCACCUACGCGCGGCAGAUGAUGUUCAGCACCACGCUCCUCAUCGUGUUCUUCACCGUCUGGGUCUUUGGCGGUGGCACCACCCCCAUGCUCUCCUGCCUCCACAUUAGGGUUGGUGUCGAUGCCGAUCAAGAAAAUCUGGGCUUGCCAGAAAAUGAAAGGCGGAGCACCAAAGCGGAGAGCGCAUGGCUUUUCCGACUUUGGUACAACUUUGACCACAACUACUUGAAGCCCCUCCUGACGCACAGCGGCCCGCCUUUGACGACGACCCUCCCAAGUUGCUGCGGACCCAUUGCAAGUUGCUUGACGAGCCCCCAGGCUUACGAGAACCAGGAGCAGCUGAAGGAUGACGACUCGGAUCUCAUUCUGAAUGACGGCGACAUCAGCUUGACUUACGGUGACUCUACCGUCAACACGGAUUCCUUGACAUCCGUUGCAGGUCGAAGGCUGGCCGGCAAUGGCGCCGAAGACCCCCUGGACCAGGAACUCGCCUUUGGGGACCAUGAACUGGUCAUUCGGGGCACCCGCCUGGUCCUCCCCAUGGAUGACUCAGAACCCCCCUCUGGCGUCAUAGACAACGCCCGGCACGGCCCGGCUUAGGGCCCCGUCCGUCUGCUCGAGAACAAGAUCCAACUAUCGAUCAUGAAGAAAGCAGAAACGUAUCACCUACGACACACACACAAACCCUACUGCAUGACUCCGAAUGUCUUAAGCUGUAUAAAUAUGACUUAUUUAUAUGGUGUCAGGAGAAAAAAAAAUAAUACGUAAUGAUGAGAUGGCUGAGAAAUGACUCAAGCGGCGGAACUGUUUCGGGAAGGACAUUUUUGCCACAGCAGGGGUUCAGAGCUUGGCCAAACUGGCUGUUCUUUGUGACUAUAUAAGCCAAUCUGCUUUUCUUGGUUUUCAUAAUUUGCCGUUGCUUCUCGGAGAUCGAAAAGGAAGGAGAUGGCGAUAGGAAGGCUGGCUUUUUCCAAGCAUUGAGUUUUAGCUGCCCGGUAGGGUGGCUUUGUAUAGUUUAAGGGAUGACUAUUUGGGAGCAUCUUGGCCUUUAUUUUGACUCAGAUUUGGAUAAGUCUGAACCAAACCGCAAUGUCUUUUGCCUUUGAACCCUACCGCGUUUGUCUACGGUUGAAGCUCUGAUGUUUAGUUUUUGACGUCUUGUUGGUGGAAGUCAUUUGGAAUGAUCUUCUGGUUGAUAUGAGGAGGACGGGAACAAGUUCUGGUUUAUUUUGGUUUCAGAUAUCCCUUAGGACGAAGGUUCACCAUUCAUGUUGGAUUCGCAGCUUAGCUUUUACUCAUAGAGGGUUAAAUAGGAGGUGAUGAAGCUGUCGCUGGGUUCCCUUGUAACCAUUUUGGGUAGCCGUGCCUUGUUGACGCACCAAUGUUUCUGUACGUUGCGUCGUUUCCGAAAAGGCCUGCCGAGAGGCACAGUGCCAUGGAGCGGUUUUUAACAAGAGGCAUUUUAGACUAUUAUUAUUAUUAGGUGGCACCAAAAGGGAGCUGUCUGUCUGUCCGUUCACCUUACUGUAUAGUCGCACUUUCGUUUGGUCACUCCUCUGCAUGCUUCCGCGUCUUGUACAGGGCGGGGAGACGUUGGGUUUUGUUCUUGCACCUGUUUACUGCUUGACGAGAAAA